CCAGCCUUGGCGUUCAUAGCAUACCCGGAGGCCUUGUCACUCCUGCCGUUGUCUCCAGUGUGGUCCGUGUUGUUCUUCCUCAUGUUGUUCUUCCUGGGCAUUGGUUCUGUGUUCGUGCAGAUCGAGGCUAUGACGGCGUCCUCAUGGACGAGUUCCCGCAGCGGCGGAAUCGCAAGCGCCCUCACCUUCGUCGCCUGCCUCGUCAUGUUCCUGUUGGCUCUCCUCUGCUGCACCAGGGGAGGAAUGUACGUCACGCUAAUCCUGGACACGUACUCCGCCACUGUCCCCAUAAUCUUCGCCUGCCUUUGUGAGGUCAUCGUCUUCUCUUAUAUUUACGGCAGUGGAAAGGUGGCGAGGGACGUGGAAAUGAUGACCAACAAACCGCUGAAUUUAUUCUGGUAUUUCAUGUGGCUCGUCCUCACGCCCUUCUGUCUCUUGGAACUGAUCUUCCUGGAAGUGGUGGUGGUGGUCCGGCCCCCUGAGUACAGGGACUCCGUAUCCCCAUCGUGGAUCCAGGCCGCUGGCUGGAUGUCGGCCAUCGCCUCCAUCUCGACCAUCCCCGCCUACGCCCUUUGGUACUUGGUGUCUGCAGAAGGGUCCUUUGCGAAGCGGAUGGCGUCCGCAUUUACCGCAUCGCCGGCCUGGGGCCCCGCCCUGGAGAGCCAUCGAAGGGCGUGGGCGAAUACACCAAGACUCACCCUCUGUCAUCCGCUCCUCCACCCGAGGCUCAUGAGGAGGAACCUCUGGAGGGGCUGCGCUCCUCCGCAGUCCUCCUCCUCCUCCGCGGGCGUCUACCCUCCGAAAGACGGCGGGCGGAGCUUGGAGUUGGGCGCCCCCUUAACCAAUGGGGCGGAGGGGCACUGAUGAGGUCCUUCGGGAGUUCGUCGUUUUGUCCCGGGAGGAUCAUGUUGCCCUGGGCGAAGAAGAUGGCGAAUGGGUAUUCGGGUAUCCUUCUUCGCUGCUCUUCGGAGACAUUCGCUUCGUGGUGGACUUCCGAUGUGUUAAUUAAGAAGUGUCCUCAGAUUGUAACGUCUCUCGUUGACAGCGACUGGGAUCUAUUUCAUAAGGAAUUUUUGAUCUACUAAUGACAUUUUUGUAACUUGAUAAUAGUAUACGUGUAUGACCGCAGUAUAAGAUGAAAUAUUCAACGGUACAACUUUUGAUUUUGUAACGAGUGUGUGUGGGCAGAUAUAAUUGUAUGAUGAAUUACGACGCUCGACCCCAACCCUUCACGUAGCUUUUUCCUGUAGUGAAGCUUAAACGACAUCCAGGAACUUGUCUGUGGACAACAAUGAGGAGGGGCCCUUUGACCCGUCAGUUAGUCACAAACACCUUUUCUCUCUCUCAAGCACUUGUACACAAAACGCACCUUUGAAAAAAAAUAAA